AUGGAAAAUGGUUCGACUGGCCCCUUUACAGAUGAAAAAGUGUCGCCAGAACACGCAAAUAAUGGAGUAGCGGUACCGAUAAUGGCAAAACUGCCUGAAAAGAAUAUCGCCGUUAAUCAAGAGGAAGAUACGAAUUCUAUUGAAACCGCUAAAUUAAAUGGUGACAGCGUCGCCGAUUUAAACGAAGAAAACUCCUACAGUUCAGGUAGUGACGCGCUUAUAAUAGAUGAGAGUGUUAAUAAUAAGGAAAGAGGUGCGAGGAAGAAGAGUCUUGAAAAAUUAAUGUGUUUUAGUGAAGAAAAUUCUGAACAUAUCAGUGAAACAGUGACGCACUCGAAUCCCUAUUUCAACGAAUCCUUGUUCGAAUUGUUGCAUCACAACCAUCCCUCGAACGAUAAUUCCGAUAGCGUAGCGGAGAAAAGUUCGAAGAAAUUGAAGAAAAAGGUCAAAUCCAAGCCGAAAGUAAGGGAGUACGCGCAGUAUUUAGGUUUACAACCGUCCGUUCAAUUCAAGUGCCCCAAGUGCAACCGUUCCGGCUUCGAAUCGCUAUCGAACCUCCAAGAUCACAUAAUCGAAUGCAGCGAGGAGACCGUGCAACAUGUCGCACAGGAAAACUCCUAUUCGGGCUUCAAGUUAACGAGAAAAGUGUUCCUUUGUUCGGCGUGCGGUACUUAUUACGAAAAUUGGAACUUGUACAUUCAUAUGCUGGAAUUCCACAAAAGAUACAUAUGCCUGUAUUGUUUAGGAAUGUUUUCGAUUUUGGAAGAACUAUGCCAACAUAUACAGUCUAAGCACAAUCUGGAGCCCGGCUACAAAAACACUCUGGAUGAAUUUUUUAACGUGUAUAACGAACCGUGUUACAUAGCUUGUUGUGAUUGUAGCAAGCUUUUUAGUGAACAAGACAAUUUUUUUUACCACCACUGCGUCGGCAAGAAUAAAAACAAAAAAUCGGCCAAGCAACAAAUCACCCCCGAAAAUCACGUGACAGGAGAAUCCGAAUCCGUCGUGGAAACUAACAAUAAUAUGGAAAGCACGAUGCAGGUGCCGGUUACAGAAUCCUGCGAGGAAGCGUUAAAAACCUCCGAUUGUUUAGAAACCGAGGAAAAUCAAGAAACAGCCGCCAUGGAAACGGAUAAAACUGAAUUAAAUUGUCAGGGCAGCAAAAGUCACAUUAAAAAUAACAAUAUUAGCGAAUUCGAUGAAAACUCCAAGGAAAGUAAUGAAGAUGCCGAUAUUUCUGUCACAAACGAACCUAAUGUGAACCGACUUGAUGACGAUGAGCAGCACAUGGACGAUGAACCAGAAGACACCAGGAAAGUCCCGAAACUGUCUCUCAAACUUCCGAAGCUGGAAUCGUACGAAGCCGAAGCUGAAGAAAGCGACGAUAGCGAUAAAUUAACGAUGGAAAUCGAUCAAGUAGAAAGCGAAUACGAAAAUGAUAUCGACCACACGAACGUCGAGGAAGACCCUGAAGCAGCUAAAGAAGAGAACGAAACCAACAUUGAGGAAGCCAAGAACGAAAUCAACCUUCAAAUUGCCGGUCCGGACAUUUCCAUAAUAGAAUUGCAACUGGAACAACCUUUAGACAAAUUUGAUCCGCGAUGUUUGUUGCAAAAAUGUCUGAAAAUGACCAUUCCGACUUGUAUAUAUUGUAAUCACGCUAGAAAAAUCGCCGUAAAUGGUAAACAAUUAGGUUUACAUUGCAUUGCCGAGCAUAGGUUUUCUGCCGUUGUAAAUAGCAUAACUGCAGAAGAAUUAAUUCCAGAAAACUUCGUUAAUAGAAUAAAAGAAAGCUUAGAAGAAUUGUCGAUGGUAUUUUUCAAUUUGGACUCGAAUUUAAGCAAUGAAGCUGUAACAUACUCACAUUUAUUCGAAUGUUUCCAGUGUCAUUUUAGUACGACGGUACAUAAGGAUUUGUACUUGCACAACAGGAAAUACCAUUCGAAGAACCUGUUGCUGUGCAUAAUGUGCAAAUCGAACUUUUAUAGUUACAGUGAACUUAUUUGUCAUCUGUGCCCGGGCGUCUACGUAUUGGACUAUGAAUUGCAAUUUAGAUGCUGCAUGUGCGUACACGAUGACAUGCCCAGUUCCUUUCGUUUGAUGGUCCACCUGCGGAAGAAGCACAACGUUUGCGAUGUUUGCCUGGAGACCUGCCAUACUCAACACAGACUAUCCAAUCACGUUUGGAAGCACAAGUUGCACCAUUUCUGCUACAGGUGCGGCAUCGCGUACAGAAACAAGCCGGACAUUACUAGACACCUGUUUUGGAAGCACGGCACCGAAAGUGUAUUGUGUAAAAAAUGCUUGCAAAAAAAGUGGCCACACGUGUACCAUUUUUGUGUGCCGCCUUCGAACUUCUUUUGCGACGAAUGCCCGUUGAUCUUCACUCGCGCGGUGUCUCUCAAAGUUCACAAGCGAAUUCACACUAACGAAAAGAAACAUUCGUGUACUUUCGAAGGGUGCGAGGAGAAAUUCAUUUCUAAAAAGUUAUUAGAGAAACAUUACAGAAGGCACGUGGAACCGCCCGAGGAGCCUAAAAUCGAAGAGCCCACGCCUGACAUCGAAGAAAUUAAAAACGAGGAGGAAGCAAUCAAAACGGAAGUCUCGAAAGAAGAAGAAAAAGUGGAGGAAAAGCCGAAACAGAAAAUCGACGUUUUGGAAGACCUGCCUGCUCUGAAUUUAUCAGAAAGUGAUAGCAGUAGCGAAUCCGAAACCGAAUCGACCACUAACAAAGUCGAAUCCAAAGAAUCAAAUUUGAAUACCGGUACAGAAAUAGAAACGCCGGGAGAAGUACCACCUUUAGAUAUACUUCAGGAGGAAAAAACCGCUGCUGAAUUGCCCGUCGAAGAAAACAGCAAUGCUGUCAUGCAAAAUAUUUGGGACAACUUCAAGACGUACCAAGAACAACAGCAAAAAAUAGACAAUAUGUUCAGUGAACAAGACAAGGUUGACAAUGGUAAUACAUCAACAGCAGACAUUGACGAAGAACCCAACGUAGACAUCAUUUUGCAAGAUCAUGAUUAUUGCGUGAAUUCCGAACAAAAAGCCGUAGAUACGACCAUAGUGGAAGUUAAACCGGCUUUACAAGAAAGUGUCGAUCAUGAUUAUUGUUUUUCUAAGCAAAAAGUUAAAGAUGGAGAAGAAAUCAAACCGCCGACUGAACCUCAAAUAGCUUCGAAAAAAAUUAACAAAAAAGAAGGGAAAAAGGCCGGUAGUUCGUCCAGCAGCAGCAGCGAUUCGGAUUCUUCGAGUUGUUCGUGCGGUUCCAAUUGCAGCUGCAGCUCGAGUUCCGGCAGCUCCAGCUCAUCGUCGGAUAGCUCGAGCUCGGACAGUUCUUCGGAGCAGGGAAAACGGAGACUGUUGAUGAAGAAACAGAAGAGGAAAGAACGGGCGAAGAAACUGAAAGCCGAACAAGACAAAACUGCGGCAAAUAAAUCGAACGUGGCAGUACCGGCCGUACCUCCGGUUGCCGUCGAAACCCCCAUAAGGGAAUCUGAUCUCGAUACAACGGAAAGCGAAACCGACGAGGAGUUUUACGACAAGGCUCCCCAGCAAUUCGCCAAAAAGAUUCUCGAGGAGAAGCGACAGCAAUUGUCGGAACUCGUGGGGCCGAAUAAUAUUCCGAACGGAACGUUUAUAGAGAGUACCAGUCGACCGCCUACUCCUCCCGUUGAAGUCGAGCAGCCGGAGGAGAAGAAGAAGAAGAAGUCGAAGUCGAAGAAGAAGAAGAAAAAGAAAAGCGAAAGAAAGACGGCGAACAUCGUCGAAGUAGACAAUAUUAUUCCUCCGGAUAUUCCGAUUCCUCCGUAUUACCAACAGUUCCAUCAACAGCAACAAGUACAACCUCAAUCUGUGGCUCCGAUUACGUUAACGAUAUCAAGAAUUUCUCCAAUAUCUAGUCCAUCGACGUUAGUUAGUACGCCGCCUCAGCUAUCGGUGCAUUACAACAAAGUACAAAACGAGGCCACAUUCAGUAAGCACGAUUCCUCCGAUACCAGUUUGCGGGCCUCGAAGCGCCGACGGGUGCCCAACAAAUUCUACGGUUACUCCAGCGACGAGGACCAGGACAAACCGGCAGCGAAAUCGAGAAAAUCCGAGGCGCCUCCGCCUCCGAAAUCUCCGCAAGUGGUGCCGCCGAUUACGAUUAGAGCGCAACCGACGCCGCCGCCGCCGCCGCCCCCGUCGCAGCCGCCCAUCGAGCCUAUAUCGAUUCGAACGGGCGCCCAUCUGAGCGAUUUCAGGGUGGCGCGGCCGCGACCGAAGCCUUCGAUACCUCCCAUUCGAUUGCUGAGUAGAGGAUUGGCGGACGGCGAUAGCGCCAGCGAUUCGAACGAUUCCAGUUCCGAAGAGCCAUCCAUCACGCCCAAACCGGCGCAACCUCAACUGUAUUGUUAUUGUCAAUGUCCUUACGAUGAGGUUUCGGAAAUGAUCGGUUGCGACGCGACGGAUUGUGCGAUCGAAUGGUUCCAUUUCGAGUGCGUGGGGAUUAUGGUGCCCCCUAAGGGCCAGUGGUUUUGUCCGGAUUGCAGGAAGAAAAAGGCGAGGCGAGAAAUUGUGCAGAGCAUGAAGGCGCAAAGUUUGAAGGAGGGAAAUGUUUGA